AUUACUUUUUACCGAUAAUCUCGCGAUUAAAAAAUUUGCAGCGAUUGCCCGUGAUUCCGGUGAACCAGGAUAGGAUGAGACGAUAUUCGUAUGUUCGACAACCGCAACAAAUCCUUCCGGAAGAAUAUCGAUCGUGCGAAGUGAGCAUAUCGUCCGCUCGUGCGUCGGUAAUGGUAUAUGACGACAUUAAUAAAAAAUGGAUACCGAGUGGCAGUUCCUCAGGACUCUCCAAAGUUCAGUUAUAUCAUCACCAAGUGAACAAUACUUUUCGCGUAGUGGGAAGAAAGUUGCAGGAUCACGAGAUCGUCAUCAACUGUGCGAUCCUCAAGGGACUGAAGUACAAUCAAGCAACACUCACGUUUCACCAAUGGCGAGAUAACAAGCAAGUAUACGGUCUGAAUUUCUCCAGUAAGGACGACGCCGACGCAUUUGCCAGAGCGAUGCUGCAAGCGCUCGAUGUGUUGAGCAAUGGAAGCAACAUAUCGAGAAGUCUUGCACCUGCCUCUGCUACUCAGCAGCAAUCCGUCUUUCAACAACAGCAACCGGCUAACGCUCAAUAUGACGAAGAUAUGGGGUACAGGACCAUGACUAGAGAAGAUGUGGCGAUCAUUCAGGAACGUAGAAUGUCCCAACAAAGUCAAGCAACAAACAGUCCGAACGCAAUUUCCCCGAGUUGCCCACUUGCAUCGCAGCAGCAGCAACAACCAGCGUCGCAACAGCAGCAACAGCAACAACAACAACAACAACAGCAGCAGCAGCAGCAGCAACAACAACCACCUCAGCAAUCAGUGCCACCGCAACCACAACCGCCAGUGCCGCCACAGCCUCCGCAACAGCAACAGCAACAGCAUCAAGUACAGCAGCAGCAGCAGCAGCAGCAGCAGCAGCAGUCACAACCUUUGCAGCAGCAACCGCAGUCCGGACAUCACAGAACUUCGUCGGCACCACCUGCUCCGCAACCUCAGCAACAAACUGUGAUGCAGUCGAUGCAAGUCACUGGUGGUAUGGGAACUAGUGCGGGACAAAUGUCGACCGGAGGUGCACCUCCGGUACCACCUCCUCAGCCUCCUAUGGCGACAGCAGCUCCACCGUGUCCACCAACUAUGAUAAACUUUAAUGCACCGAUACCACCGCCACCUAUGAUGUUGAACCAGUACGCGCAAUCCCCGUCAGCUCAGUCGAAUCUAGCUAAUCAGUCUCAAGUACAGUCGAUUUAUGGUAGCAGUCAAGGAAAUCAGUAUGGAGCCACGUCAAACAGUAAUCAGUAUGCGACUACCACCGUUGUUGGACAAAAUCCGUGUCAGUAUUCCUCCGGAAAUCAGAAUAAUUUCUACGGUAACAAUGGGCAAGUUAGUAACGCGUAUCCUAGUGGGCAACCAGGACAAGCGAAUCAGUAUGGCGGCGGUGGUGGUAAUAGUACUGCUGGUAGUACUGGUGGAAGUCAAUAUGGAAGUAGUAAUUCGAUCGGGCAGUACGCCAGUAGUGGAGCUGCGACGACUGCCCAGUAUGGAGUAGGUGUCGGAGUCAGCGUCGGUGUCGGCCAACCAAAUCAGUCACAAUACAGUGUCGUGUCCCAGGCACAGGCACAAUAUGGCAACAGCCAAAUACAAGCAGUUGCGAGCGCUACGAAUCCUUACGGAACACCAUCAAACGCGGUGAAUCAGUAUAACAGCACUGGUGGCGGCGGUGGUGGUGGCGGCGGCGGCGGCGGUGGCGGCGGCGGCGGCGGCGGUGGUAGCGGUGGUACUUGCGGGAGUGGUGCUGUCAGUGUUAGUAGCGGCCCUGGCACUGGACAUCACGUUCCACCAGUUAAUCCUAAUAUUUACGCUCCCAUUGGCAAUGCCGCUACUCAACCACCUCCUAUGGUACCGCUGACCGGACCUGCCGCUCCACCACCACCUCCUCCGCCACCUGCUCCAAAAGUCAACACUGUCAACACUGUCAACACUGUCAACACUGUCAACACUGUGAACCCUGUCAACCCUGUCAACCCUGUCAACCUGAAUCCACUUUCUGGAUCAGGUUCCACUGGAUCGGUGAGUUCUGCCACCAAUAGCGAACCUUCGCCAGAUUCUAAUUCGUUAGCUGCUGCGAUUCAAGCAACACGCCUUAAAAAGAAACAGUCAUCGCAACAACCGGUAGAGAACAGUGGUUCUAGUACUAGUAGCAGCGGAAGCGCCGGAAGUAGUGGAAAUUAUGGUACUCUAGGAAGGGGCGGAGGUGGCGGUAUGGCUUCAAUGAUGGACGAGAUGGCUAAAACCUUGGCUCGUCGACGAGCUGCUGUCGAAAAGAAACAACCCGAGCAACCACAGGAACCCGAAAGUUCACCCGACAAGAAAUCAUGGGACAAAAAUAGUUCAUCGAACAAUAAAUUUUCGAACGGUGCCGAGUCACCAAAAUCGGUUCGCAAGAGGUUUGGUUCUGCUUCCGAAGACACACUCUUGAAGGUGAACGGCGUAAAUGACGGAGCUGUGCUUACUGUCCAAGAAAUGGAAGCAUUUAAAGCAGAAAUCAUCAAGGAAGUGCGUAAAGAAUUCCAAAAGAUGAAACAGGAAAUUGUAGAUGCUGUCAGAACGGAACUGAGUAGAAGAUAAAGAUGAGAUGCGGACCAGUUUGAAUGGAAUCGAAGAGAAAAAGAUUUCUGCUGUGUAGGUCAACCGAAACGAUCAUCGAUAAACGUACACGACUUUUUUUUACUACGUAUUCGCGAAAAUGGAAUGCAGUUAUACCCCAUGUAUAUCAGACAUGUUUGUGUGUAAGUACGUUAUAUCUAAUCUAGUGUUCUAAGUGAACCGUACCCUUUCGUUGCUUACUAGUCGAAUGGUAAGCAACGCGAACUUUGGAUAAAAUCGAUUCUGAUUCUGCCAAUUCGUUACACUACACAUCAAGGAUAUAUUAAUCUUCGGUGGUAUCGUACAGUUUCUUUUUAAUUAACGACGAUUGCCGUGCUCCUUGUCCUGACAAGUAUUAUUCGUAGUUAAAUCGAGCAACCUAACACAUGACGUAAUAUAACGCUGAUCCCACGCACAAUGGAAAACGCUUGCGUUUCUAUGUAAAUAACACGGAAUUCAAUUCAGCGAGAGAUACGUAAAAAUUUAUUAAGAGAUUCCUCUAGUCUAAGACAGAUUUAAACUGGGACUAAAGAAACGUGCAUUUAUUUUUUUCGCGAUUGUGAUACGACUUUAUUUUUUCGAGCAUUAGCCUCCAGUUCAUUUCUUAGAAUGCACUCCACCACGUUCGUAACAUCGAAUCUCAUUUGAAUUUCUUUCGUACAUACCACCACUUCCAUGUACAGAUUUCAUUACUACGCACAGUUCGACACAUUCCAAGUCAAAAUGUUUCGGUACCGGAAAACAGAUA